AUGUCUGAAUUGUGUAUUAAAAAGUUUUCUAAAUAAAACACAGAUGUUAAACAGUAAUUCCAUAAUUGCAUAUCUGUAUAUAAAUAGACUUUAUGUUUUUAUUAUUCUUUGGAUAUUCAGUAAGGUAAACAUAUAAAAUGUGUAGUGGUGGUGGAUGUUAUGAUGAAGAAGGCUAUGGGUUUAAAUUAGGUUUGUAGGUGGAGGUUUCAAAUAGAUUUGAAAUUUCAUCUUUAGUAAGAUAUACUGGCGGUUAUAAAUUAGGUAAAAAUGUUGGCAAGUGGGAUAUUUGGCAUAGUAAUUCCGAAGUAAAUAAAAAGAUUUAACAAUCAGGUAGAUUUUCAAGUUACCCUGGGAUAACAUAUAAUGGUAAAUAAUAAAAUAAGAAAAAGUUGGAAAAUGGGAUAUGUGGUAUAGGUAUUAUGAUGAAAGUCAAUUUAAAUUGAUGUAAGAAGUCCUAUAUAUAUUUAUGAAUUAUAAUUAAUUUUUAGUGUUGGAGCAUAAUAUAAUGGUGACAGGAUAAAGGAUGGUUAUCGGGUGGAAAAAACGAAUGGAUUUUAAUGGAGUUCUAAAAUAGUAGAUAAUGGUGAAUAUAAGGAAGGUAUAAUGGUUGAGGAAUAGAGUCAAUAGUUUCGAGAUUGGAACAAAAUAGAGGAAGGCUUUAUAAAGAUAACAGAAAUGAUAUCUGAUAAUUGA